UCAAAGGUAGAUCACUCUAAAUUACAACAACGAAGGCUUUGUAGGUUUCAAAUGGUUAGACACAUCAAACCGAACACAAAUAUUGUUUAUAUUUAAUGGCGACCUCUGUGAAACGAACGCUAGUCCACUUUAAGAAUAGCAGAUCGAGUAAGAAUUCAGUACCGGCAAAAUUCUCUCAGUGUGUGGUGGAGUACUUUGGAUCCCGGGAUGGCCUAACGGCAGACGUACACGUAAAUCUAGCCAACAACAUACUCGAAAUAACAGACAGUCAGCAGGGGAGACAACCUGUGAAAAUCAAGCAUCCGCCAUUUUGUCCUGUAAAAGAACUAACACAGCAUCGUGACAUAAAACUAUCACCGCAGACGGCAGAUAGGGGAAUUAACGUGGGAGCCGCCAUCAUCCUGGAAACCGGAGAUGGUAAAGUGCUACUCACAAGACGAGCCAAGCAUCUUCGGGCUUUUCCAGGAAUAUGGGUUCCACCAGGUGGCCAUAUUGAAGACAACGAAACGUUUGAAGCAGCUGCAGUGCGAGAGUAUGAGGAAGAAACGGGACUGCACGUUGAUCUUAAGCAGUGUGUUGGAAACAAGCUGAACCUACUCGCUCUUUGGGAGAGCGUGUAUCCGCCCAAACUGUCGCAUGGUCCACCGAAACGUCACCACGUUGUUGUUUAUCUACAUGGCAAGCUGAUGACUGCCGUGACGGCGGAGACGUUGAAGAAGAAGUUAAAAAUGGACCCCAGUGAAGUCGAGGCCUGCGCUUGGUUUGACAGGGCUGCUGUGUCAUCAAUCGUGUCGGCGUCAGGCGAGUCCAGUUCGUCACAAAGCGCAGGGGACAGACAGACAUUCAGUGCUGUAGAACUUGAUGACAAAAAGAUGCCAGUGGAUACACAGUUACCGUUUGACGCUCUACUGAAGACCACAGCAGACCAGGAAGUAUUUGGAAGAAUCAGCACAGGAACCAAGUUUGCUCUUGAAGAGUGGUUAAAGUUAGACAGACCUACAAACUCUUAAAAUGACUCUUUCACAGCAACACCUAUUUAUUAAUUUUCGUUUUAAACUUUAUAGAGUAUACCUUCCACAUACAGAGUAUACACACAAACCAAUAAUGAGGUUUUCAUAAAAGGACAGGAGCAGCUUUGAGGUAGUGUGAAGAUAAGCAUUGCAAAAUAUAAACCCCGUCUCUACAUUUAUCAAACAAUUUCAGUGUAAUAAUUACAGCUCACAGGACUUAUAUUUCCUUGCCUUAUGAUCAUCAGAACUCAUCUGAAUGCUUUUUGGUAAGCAUGGUAGCUAUGGAUUAUGUUACAUGAUUACGGUUAAGUAACAGACCUUUAGUUCCAUGGCUUUGCCAACAUACAACCGAAAAUUAUAAUUUUCAUGAAAACCGAAGAUCUGUAAAUAUCAAAAUUACAUUUGGAAAUAAAUUACUUUACAGAAUUAAAGGAUCAGUGAAUA